AUGAUGGCGGAUAAAGGGUUGGCGAUCACGCCCAAGCACAUUUAUACUAUUAUCAAUAAUAAUCGUGCUGGUUUUAGAGAUCUCAUCAUGGAAGUUUUCGAUAUUCGAGAGCGAGAACUGAGCAUCUCCGUUAAUGAUGGCAAUUACAGCAACGAAAAGUGUGCAGACCAGACCACCGAUACACUGACCAGUUUAACUGCAAUAAAGAUAAACCUGGUAAUUUCGCAGGAGAAAUGGCACAUUAUGAAACCUCAAGAAAAAGUAUAUGGCAAGCGUAUAUAUGGGAAGUUGCGACAAGGAUGGGCAGACGUUGUAGCUGAAGCUUUAAGGAUUCUGUCGCGAAUGUCACGCAAAAAUCAAUUGUACACUAUUAAAAAACCAACUAAAGGGGUUGAUGUUGUUCUCCAAUGUAACGUGGAUAGCAUUAAUCCAGAUUUACAUUCUGGAAAAAAAAGGAGGCAACUGAGAGGUGCUCGUCGCACUGAAGUGGCAGAUUACCUCAUCGAUGGCGGUAAAGACGCGGUGACAUGUCGUCGAAAAAAAGCUGGUCGAAUAAAAAAUUUGGAGACAAAAAUCCACCGAUCU